AUGGGCAGCAGUGGUGAGAAGGAGGAGACGAUGGAGCGUGCUUGGAAUCAAGCGUCGGGAAAUCUGGUUUCGCCGAUGCUUUCUCGCACAAACUAUCAAGAGUGGUCCGCACAUGUGCAAUGUAAUCUAGAAGCAAUGUAUCUGUGGGAUGCGAUCGAGAGCGACAAGGUCAAACGGCGACGUGAUCGGCUUGCGCUCGGCGCCAUGAUCCGUGGCGUGCCCCCUGAGAUGCACUCCAUGUUGCUGAACAAGAAGUCGGCGAAGGAGGCAUGGGAGGCUAUAAAAUCGAUGUGUCUAGGUGCAGAGCGAGUAAAGGAGGUGAAUGCGCAGAAGCUGCUGGCGGAGUUUGAAUCGAUCUCGUUUAAACCAGGAGAAUCGAUCAAGGACUUCGCCAUUUGGAUCGGGAAGCUUGCAACCGAUCUAAAGGGCCUUGGUGAAACAAGUGUGGAAGACACGUGGGUCGUGAAGAAAGUUCUAAGAGUUGUGCCGGCACGCUACAAUCAGGUGGCGGUGACAAUUGAGAUGUUUUGCGACUUGAAGACUCUGACUGUCGAAGAGCUUGUCGGACGUCUCAGGGCGGCGGAGGACAGAGGAAGAUGGAUGGAGAGGAACAAAAGUUGCAUGGUGCACACCGAGUCAUCAUCCUCUGGCGGCAAAGGUGGAAGCCACUAUGUGAAGAAGGACAAGUCCAGAGCGCGGAGUGGUGGCAGCAAGAUUGACCAUGACAAGCACGACUCCGGUAGUCACCCAUCGUCGGGGACGCCUCAACGGAAGGGAAGGUGUAAGAAGUGUGGUGUCUAUGGGCACUGGGCGAGAGAAUGCCUAAACAAGAAAUCGGUGAAAGAAGAUCAUGAAGAUGUAGCUCAUCAUGUCAGUGGAGACACGGACAAGAACCCAGCACUGUUGGUUGCUCAGGGGGUGCGUCCAACUCGCCUCCACACACUCCUAGUUCCAUCUCUGGUGCACCGAUGGUGCAAUGGGCGACUUCGCCCACCGGUCAGCCUGUUGACUCUGACGGCGCUCCACUGCGAUAUUGGACUAUACCAAAUUUGCUAG